CGCAAAGAUCAGAGCAGUUGACGCUGCUGCGCUUCUCACAACGAUUAGAUGAGAUGAGGCCAAGGGAGAAGGGCGAAGAUCUGCGGAUAUGAAAAUGUUCAUCUGCUCAUGCAUCAUCAUGAUUACCCUGCCUUUCAUCGCCGAGGCCGCUGCUUUCCAACCGAGCGGCCUCGACGUGCUCUUCCCAUUUCCAAUCCAGAGGAACCGCCAUUUCCUCCCCGCAACUCGCCUCGCGCAGACGGCUGUCGAGCCCCUGCCCUUGCCGGCGAGCGGCGACGUGACUGUGGAGCUGCCAAGGCCACUCAACCUUCCCACCAGAGUCAUGCGCGCACUCAAGUAACCAACACAUCAGAUCUGCAAUGGCGGGCUGACUGGCUCACAAGCGCACACUGUGCGUGCGUGUCUGAGCCGUCCGUUCGAUGUGUGUAGUGUAUUGUGUGGGUGUGUGCGUUGUGGUCAGGUUCUGGGGAUCUGCCUUGCCAAUCCUGGGACGCUACAAGCUGCUGGAGGCGUGGCUGACGAUUGAGCGUGACGUGCUGGAGAAGACACACGACGAUGAUGUGGUAAGUCAGCCUGUGACUGUACUUGACAGACUUGGAUUGCGAGACUUGGAUUCGCGCAGGUCAACGAGCUGUGGACUGAGCUGCAUGAGUGGGGGUCUGAAAGGCUGCUGCAGGCCAUACAGGAUCUGAAAGGGUGAGAAGACGACCCCCAGUGAGGUCUGAUUGCUCGACGGCACUCUCUGCUGGUGUGUGGCUGCACGUUGUGCCGAUUGGUGCAGCUUCUACGUCAAGACGGGUCAGGUCAUCAGCACGCGAGUUGACCUCUUUCCAGAGCAAUACACAAGUCAGUCAGAAACGCUUGUGGCGUCGCACCAGCACCAUGGCAUCACUCCUCCUUCUGUGUCUGUAUGUGUGUGUAGGCAAGCUGAGUUCUCUGCAGGACUCGUUAGACCCGAUGCCCUUCAGCCUCGUGCAGAAGAUCGUUGAAACCGAGCUGCUGCAAGGGCAAAAUAUAUCGGUCCUUUUCUCGGAAUUCGACCCUGAGCCGCUCGGCAGCGCCUCCAUUGGACAGGCACAAUAGACCAGCUCGUCGCUCUAUUUGGCUCUCGCUGCAUGUCGGUUUGUUGUGUGCCUUUCAGGUGCAUCGAGCCAAGCUUUUGGACGGCCGAGAAGUGGUAAGGUACACAGACCAUCCCCUCGCACCCAUCCAUCCAUCCUUUCGUGUCAUGUGUGCAUCUUCAGGCCGUCAAGGUGCAGCGGCCAGCGAUCGAGGCCAAGCUCCUCGGUGACAUCGCCAACCUGCAGGCAUUCGCACUCAGGCUGCGCAGCGUCUUGCCUGUGGACUACUAUACCAGUACAUCAUCCAAGACCCACAUCUCGCAAACGUACGUACGUCUCUCUGUGUAUCAAUGCAGUUUUCAAAGAGCUAGAGGCCGUGUUGCUCAACGAGCUAGAUUUCCUCUGCGAAGCGCAGGCGAUGGAAAAGGUUGCUGCCGCCAUCUCACAUACGCCCGACAACCGCCUGGCGCCCCCGCCGCUCAUCGUGCCGCUGCCGCUCCCCGGCCUGGUGUCCAAGCGCGUGCUGGUGAGCAAACAGGGAGACGGCAGGGUGGAGAUCAUCCUUCCUUCCAUGCCUGCAUGCGUGCGUGUAUGUCAGAUAAUGGAUUAUAUCGACGGGAAGCCACUCAGCCGGCUGCGUGACGAGAUGAACAAGCAGGGGAUACUCCCUGGCAGCCCUGAGGCCAAGUUCGCCGCUCAGCGGCUCCUGACGUCUCUCACAGAGGCCUUCGCCCGCAUGAUAUUCGGCCCUGGCUUUAUCCACGGUGAUCCACAUCCGGGGAAUAUCUUCGUCCUUGACAACGGGCAAACCGCCCUCAUCGAUUGUGGACAGGUCAAGCAGCUGACAUUCGAUCAGCAACGCCGGCUCGCUGAGCUCAUCAUUCUUGUCAGCGAAUGGGAGAACAUCUAUGUCGAACGGACGGCGGCCGAGAGGGCCUUGGAGCAGGCCACAGAGGACACUGAUCGGUCUGCAAGGGAGGGACUGCUGGCCAACGUGACGGCGAGGCUCCAGGCAAAAGUUGCAGAGAUGAAUGCGGCGGUGAGGGGCUUUGGGGUGGAGCUCUUCGAUGGCACGCCUGAAGAGGCGAUGGCUGCGUGUGCUGUGGUGCUCUUCGGCAACUCACGGAACGACACCGUGCUCCCCGGAGGCUUCUCGGGUCUCGAACUCGCACCAGGUGAGAGACGAGACGAGGCGAGAGACGAGAUGAGUGAAGGCCCGGCUCAUUGUCCUUUGGUGACAUACAUGGCUGUCUGUGUGCAGACUCGCCCAUCCGUCGGGUCCGAUCGUUUCCUCAGGAGCUGGUGCUCCUCGGAAGGGCAACGGUCAGUCAGUGACGCACACAGACAGAAAUACAUGUCCCCUGUUCACACACCUCCCCUGAUCUGCUGUGUGUGUGUGUGUGUGUGUGCAGGUGUUGAUAAAGGGCAUAGCGUCUCGUGUGGGCGUCCCCUGGUCCCUCUGCCAGGCCUGGGCCCCGCUGGCGAGACAGAGCCUCGCCCUCCUGUCCACCCACCCCACAACUGGCAGCAGGCUGCCCUGCUGGGCCGCUGACCCGGUGACAUCUAGCGACAUCAUCAAACUGCCACGGUCCGGCGUGGCGGCCGCCACUGGUGAGAAGGAAUGCCUUCUGUGCCACGUGCGAUCCAUCCAAUGCCUGAUUGCGUCCGUGUUUGUUUUGUGGGGCAUGCAGCUGUCAAGGCGGCCGGGCUGAUAAGAAGGCGGGCCCAGUCCGGCGACCGGCCACGGUUCUCAGAGGUGGCCAUGUGUCUGGGGGCGUCCCUCGUGCUGCUGCGCUUAUGGUUUGUGCGGAAGCUGGUCGACACAGUGGCGAUACUGGUGCCUCAGCCACUGAAGAGGCGACUCAGGAGGGCGGUCCUGAGGGUGGCCGCACGGCUGCAGGGACACAGAGGAGAGAAGCGGCAAGAUGACGAGAGUGCAAGUCCGAGUGCGAGUGCUCGUGGUAGUGAUGCGGCUGAAGAGUCAGCUGCGUGAUGUCAAGCAUGCCUGCCGUCUGCCUGUCUGAAUGAGAGAUCAGGGAAGGGCUGUGGUUUUGAUCGUGAGGGGAUGUGUUUUUUCUGGCGUAUCUAUCGUAUCUAUCGCUGCGGCCAUGUGAGGUGUACAUAGAUAUCCAACAUAGAGGACAUAGUCUACUACUCUAGAGGGACAGUUUUCCUCCCGGCUGCCUGGCUACAGCCGUCCCCUUGAACGUGGAAGCUCGGAUCUCACCCUAGAGAGCUGGAUGGCCCAUGUGGAAUGUGAGACAAGGUAAGGUAUGAGAGUGCAUGCUAUGCGUGCUGACUGACCUUGAUCUUUAUCCACCGAUUGUGAGGAGCGGUGUGAUCGCAUCGCGUGAACGUAGCGUUAUUGAAC